AGAGAGUUAAAUUGCUGUCGAUGAGUUAAAUGGCGUUUCGUCUUUGUAUUUUUCCUCUGUGAUAUUAAGCCCCAAAUCUCCGAUUUCUGCUGCAGAAUUGCAACGGAUUCCAGUGUGAAAUACUUCGAAGGGAUAUAAGCUAGCUGAAAGUGCUGUUGAAGUGUAGCGACAAUGUCUCUGGUUGAUGUGGAUUCAUGGAUCACUGAGUACGAGGCCUGCGAGCGCCUCAGUCGGGAAAUUCAAUCGCAGAUUGUGCUGCGGAAUCGGGAACAGCGUCUCUCGGAUGAAUACUCACGCCUGUCCGGGAGUGUUCGGGUGCGGCUCAAGCAGUUCUCCACGGAACUGGCUUCGCUGGAGACGAAGCUGGAGCAGGCGAGGCGCACAAGAAGUCUCACUACGGAGGAGGCGGAGCGCCGACAGCGCCAGCUGGAGACGCUGCAGUCGAAGCAGAUCCACUUGCAGAGUCAAUUCACGAGCGCCGGAGACAAUUCCCGGAGCGCUCUUCUGCAACCGGGAACAUCUCGAUUGUGGGACGACGAGGAGGAUGAUCCGAUGCUGGACACCAGCACCUACUCCACGGGAGAUCUGCGCCGCCAGCAGACGCAAAUGCUGGAGGAUCAGGAUCAGGGCCUCGAGGCGCUCUCGAAGGUCAUCUCGCGCCAGAAAGACCUCGCCCUGAGGAUUGGGGACGAGGUGGAGGCUCAGAAUGAUAUCAUAGACGACAUCGCAGAUCAGCUGGAGCACACGGACUCGCGUAUCCACAGCGAGACGCGCCGAAUCGAGGUGGUGAGCGCCAAAGAUCGCACCUGGCCGUUCUGGAGUGUCAUCAUUGGGCUCUUCGUGGCCAUCAUAAUCGUGGCGCUCGUAUAGCAAAACACCAGCUC